GCCGACCAGGACCGAGUCAGUCACUGCACAACCGCCAUACCGUACGUUCGGGCGCGCGCGUCGUUUUUGUUAUAUUUUUCUUGUGUCCGCUUCCAAACCAUCAUAAUAUUAUUUUAUCCACUCGGCUUUCAUUGUGAAUUGAAAAUAUAUUGUAUUUACGCAUUUAUAUUCGUUAGCUGAGGGAUCGCAUAUUAUUAAAUCAUAAUAAUUCCGUUCCGACGCAUCGUGUUUUCGUUUUAGGUGUGUGCGUGCGCGGUGUGUGUUGUGUUUUUUUUUAAAUAUUUUUUUAAAGGUUUUAAUAUUUUUCAUCUUAUCUUAAUGUUUCACUUGUGCAUGUGAAGUUCGUAUACGCUGUGUUCGUGCCGUUACAACCGUUUCUUUAUUUAAUGUUAUUUUGUAUAAUAUUUUGAUUUUUCGCGGUAAUAUCAUAUCUAUAUCGUUAUAUUCUCAGUGCGCCAAAAAUUUAAUCUCAUCGCGUGUUGUUGUUAUUUGAAUAAGAAUACUGUGGUCGUAGUACACCGUACACUGUUGGAUACGCACGCACUAUUUUUGGAUUAAUACUAAUCUUAUAACGACCCAUCGUCGUCCCUCGGGAAUCGAUAUUGCAGGACACAGGUGGCCGACUAUGCGGUGGUAAUUGAACGACGGCGAUGGGCCUGCCGCAAUGGUUGUGCCUGUUGGCGGCAGUGGCCGCAGUGGCCGGCGAACACGAACGGCACCUGGACGUGUCGGAGUCGGCGCCGGUCGGCACCCGGAUUGGUUUCAUCGGAGACGGGUCCAAAGAUAGCGGACCGCCAUACCUGAUCGUGCCGGUACCGGGCAGCGCGGUAGACACUGACCUGAUAGCAGAACAGAACACCGGCGAGAUCAGGACGCGGGUGCCACUGGAUAGGGAGACGCGCGCGUCGUACACGCUGGUGGCGAUACCAUUGAGCGGCGAAAACGUGCGCGUGGUGGUGCGCGUGAUCGAUGAAAAUGACAACGCGCCCACGUUCCCCAGCCCGUCCAUGCACGUCGAGUUCCCGGAGAACACGCCGCGGGACACGAAACGGACACUUAACCCGGCGCGGGACUUGGACUUGGGCCCGUACAACACGCAACGGUAUGCGAUCGUGGCCGGUAACGUGAACAACGCGUUCAGGCUGUCGUCGCACCGCGAAAAAGACGACGUGCUAUACCUGGACCUGCAGAUCAAUGGUUACCUGGACCGAGAGACAACGGCCGCCUAUCACUUGGUGAUCGAGGCGUACGACGGCGGCUUGCCACCGCUCAAGGGCGCCAUGACAGUGAACGUGACGGUGUUGGACGUGAACGACAACCAGCCCACGUUCAACCAAAGCCGGUACUACGCGACCGUGCCGGAGAACGCUACCGUGUCGACGAGCAUACUGCAAGUGCACGCCACCGACGUGGACGACGGCGACAACGGCGUGGUCGAGUACUCCAUCAGCCGGCGGCAGAGCGACAAGGAGGGCUACUUCGCGGUGGACAGGCAUACGGGCGUGAUAUCGGUCAACCGGCCGCUAGAUUACGAGACGCGCGAGGUGCACGAACUGGUGGUGGUGGCUAAGGACCGGGGCGAUCAGCCGCUGGAGACGACGGCGUUCGUCACGGUGCGCGUAGCCGACGUCAACGACAACCAGCCCGACAUCAACGUGAUAUUCCUGAGCGACGACGCGACGCCGAAAAUUUCGGAACGCGCGCAACCCGGCGAGUUCGUCGCACGCAUAUCCGUCCACGACCCCGACUCGAAACAGGAGUACUCGGACGUGAACGUGACGUUGCAAGGUGGCGACGGCCAUUUCGGGCUUACCACGCAGGACAACAUCAUCUAUCUGGUGAUCGUAGCGCUGCCGUUAGAUCGCGAGUCUCGGCCCAACUACACGCUGAGCGUAAUCGCCACGGACACGGGCAGCCCGCCGCUGCACGCGUCCAAGACGUUCCAUCUGCUGGUAACGGACGUCAACGAUAACCGGCCAGUGUUCGCUGUUCCUGAGUACUGGGCCAGCGUGUCGGAGACUGCCGAGCCGGGCACGUCCGUUGCCCGGGUGAUGGCCACCGAUGAGGACGAGGGUGAAAACGCGGCUCUCACGUACAAGAUGCGUGACCCGCCGCCGCUGUGGUUCCAGGUGGACCCGUUGACCGGCGUGGUGACCACCCGGGACCGGAUGGACUGCGAGCGCGAUCCCGAGCCCACGUUCGUCGUGCUGGCCGUCGACAACGGCCGGCCGCAACAGCUGACCGGCACCACUACGGUGCACGUGACCAUACACGACCUCAACGAUAACGAGCCGAUAUUCGACCAGAGCUUUUACAACGUAGACGUGUCCGAAGAUAGAGCAGUCGGAUCGUGUGUUCUCAAGGUAUCAGCGUCGGAUCCAGAUUGCGGCGUUAAUUCCAUGGUGAACUUCACACUAUCCGAAAACAGUGGACCAUUUUUCAUCAAAUCGGCAACCGGUGAAAUAUGUCUUGCCAGACAGUUGGACUACGAAACCCGAAAACUGUACGAGUUUCCAGUAGUAGCGACUGACAGGGGUGGACUGAGCACAAGUGCCGUGGUCAAAGUAGACGUACAGGACGUCAACGAUAACUGGCCUGUAUUCUCACCCUCCGAGUACAACGUGUCCAUCGUAUGGAGCCCAACCGAACAAGGGCCCAUCGUCACGGUCCGAGCAAAAGAUGCAGAUUCAGGAUCGUUCGGCGUUGUCUCCUACUAUAUGAUGUCGGCUAAAGGACCUGACAGUGAGGACUCGGAGACUUCGUUCCGGUUGGACGGCAAUACCGGUGAGAUAUGGGCUGCACAAUUGCGGUCGGGAGUUUACAGACUGAUGAUAGCCGCCAGGGAUGGCAGCGGUUACGAGGCCGCCCAAGUAGCCCAAGUCCGAAUUACUGUAUUAUCUGCAGACUUGGCCAAACCAUACGCCGUGUUCGUUAAGUCACAAUACUCGUUCACGGUGCCGGAGGACGCGCUGGUGGGCACUGCUGUCGGAAACGUGGCGGUGUCGCCCAAUCAGUCAGGUUUGGAUGAUUCGGAAUCCGUAAGGUACGCCAUACAUUCGGACGAAGCCAAUGGAUAUUUCGCUAUAGACCCAGUAAAAGGAAUAAUCAAAACGACAGCCGUGUUGGAUCACGAAUCAUUCGCAUCAGUACUACUCAACGUCAAAGCCUACUCGGUGACGAACAAAUAUUACGGAGCGCACACUCAAGUGAACAUAAUUAUCGAAGACAUAAAUGACAACUCGCCGCAUUUCGAUUCGAGUUCGGUGAGAAUUGCCGUACCAGAAAAUGUAGCGACAGGAUCGCCGAUUUAUACGGCGCACGCCACCGACCCAGAUUCCGGUGCCAACGGACAGGUACAUUACGAGCUGAUUGCCUCCACGCAAGAACCAUCAUAUUUCCAAGUGGACCACAACCGUGGUACGAUCAGUUUAAUCCAUGGACUAGAUUACGAGACGGUUCACAGACUGACGGUUACCGUCAUCGCCAGAGACUCUGGGGUACCGUCGUUGUCCGACAACAUGACUCUGGUAGUGGAUGUCCAGGACAUCAACGACAACCCACCCGUAUUCGAGCGACCACAUUAUGCGGCCACCAUCUUGGAAUCAUUGCCGGUCAAUUCACAGAUCGUGCAAGUGACGGCGUUGGACGGUGACAGCGGUAACAACGCUCGGAUCACGUACCGGGUGUCCAGUGGCGACGGCGGUGGGUCGCUGGACGUGCAUCCCACCACCGGAUGGGUGUACGUCAAGAGCCCGCUGGACAGGGAAACGCAGGACACGUACGAAUUGACAGUGGUGGCCGCUGACAACGGGUCACCAGCACCACUGGCCGCUACCGUGGUCGUGGUGGUCACCGUGGCCGACGUCAACGACAAUGAUCCCGAGUUCGACCGGGAAUACUACGAGUUUCACGUGGAAGAGAACCGGCCAGCUGGUACAGUAUUCGGUGCCGUGUCGGCCACAGACCGCGACGCCGGCGACAACGCGCUCGUCCGGUACUCGCUCAUACCAUCCAACUCGAGUUUCAACAUUAACCUGUAUUCCGGUGAACUAAGUACCAAAGAGCCGUUGGAUCGGGAAUCCCGGGUUUGGCACGAAGUAAUCGUCGAGGCCAGAGAUCAGGAUGGUGGAGUCAGAGGUCGCAGCAAGCGUGUAAAAGUCAAAGUAGCCGUGACGGAUGUCAACGACAACGCGCCCGUUAUUGUGGACCCACAACAGGACGUGGUAGCGGUUCGCGAACAGCAGCCGCCCGGUGUCGAGGUGGUCACUGUAAAGGCGACCGACCCUGACCAGGGCAACAACGCUACGCUCACAUAUUCCAUACUCAAAGGCCGCGAUUCCGAUGGAAACGGUGAGUUUUUCAUCGACCGCAUAACGGGUGUCAUAAGAACCAAAGUUUCGCUGGAUCACGAGGAAAAAUCAAUGUACAGACUCUCGGUGGCGGCGACAGACAACGGACAUCCGCCCAAACAAACAAUUCGCAUGCUCAGGGUGGAGGUGCUCGACUUGAACGACAACCGACCCACGUUCACCAGUUCCAGCCUCGUGUUUCAGGUGAAGGAAGACGCGGCCGUGGGUAGCAUAGCCGGCCGCAUAGCGUGUUCGGAGGGCGCUGGCGCCGCGUCGGCGGGCCGCGGCCAAGUCAAGUACACGCUCAGGCACUCGGACGUUAGCCAGCAAGUGUUCGACCUGGACAGGAGCACGGGAGCGCUAAUCGUGGCCGGUCGGGUGGACCGGGAGACGAAGGCGACGUACGAGAUGGAGGUGCACGCACUGGAUACCGGCGCCAGCACGAACCCGCAGAGCAGCUCGGUGUCGGUGCGCGUGGAGGUGUUGGACGUGAACGACAACGCGCCCCGGUGGCCGGAAGACCCGGUCGUGGUAACGGUGGCCGAAGACGCGGCCGUCGGCUCGGUGGUGUACAACUUCACGGCCUCGGACGCGGACGCAGAGGCCAACGCCGAGCUGCGUUACACGUUCGUGCACCGGCAUCCGACGCAGCUACACCACGGGCCCGAGUCGGCGUUUUCGCUCGACCCGCUGACCGGCAUGCUAACGCUGGUCGAACCGCUCGACUACGAGACGACACGCGAGUACGUGAUGGUGGUCCGGGCCACCGAUCAGGCGGUCAACGUCACCGAGCGGCUGUACGCGGACGUGACGGCCAGAGUGGUGGUGCAGGACGCCAAUGACAACGGGCCGAGGAUCGUUUCGCCGACGUUCCGACGGUUGUACGCCGACGGAUCGGCCAGACCUGGCGAUUGGCUCUGUGACGUGGUGGCCGUCGACUUGGACGCCGGUGACAACGGCCGCACCGUGUACACGAUCACUGGCGGCAACGACCACGGCACGUUCGGCAUCGGCUACGAUACCGGCACACUGGUGUUGGCCCGAGUACCAGACACCGGCAGGAAGCACACGCUCAACGUCACGGUCGCGGACAGGGGCACGCCGGCCAGGUACACGCACACCACACUCGAAGUGGCGUUCACCACGAGCGCCGAACAAUCGGUGAAAUUCGCCCAGAAACUGUACGCCGCCAACGUUUCCGAGGACGCACCAGUCGGCAGUUUUGUCGCCAAAGUCACGGCCAACUCAAACGACAACCGAAUUUCUUAUAGCAUACCCGAAGGUGUGGCCGACAACUGUUUUCGCGUGGAUAAAGACCGAGGAAUAGUGACAUUACAAAAUCGAAUAGACCGCGAACGGACUUCUCGGUACGUGUUGCCAGUCUACGCGACAGACGAAGUGAAAUCAAGCACAGAUGUGGUGACACUCGAAGUGGGCGUAUUGGACGUAAACGACCACAGUCCUAGGUUCAAGCACGAUUCGUGUCACACGCUGAUGGUGCCUGAAAACCAAGAACCGUCGGUGAUUCGCACAGUGGCUGCCAUGGAUCCCGACUGGGGAUCCAACGGUCAGAUUGUAUAUAGCAUCAUAGGUGGAAAUGGCGGCAACAAGUUUCAUCUAGACCCAAAGACGGGUGAGCUGACGGCCAAGACGCUGGACCGAGAGGUACAGGCCAAAUACCAAUUGCAAAUAGCUGCUCAGAAUCGCGGCAGCACGAUGGAUGGACAUUGCAAUUUGACGGUGAUCGUUGACGACGAGAACGACAAUGACCCGAACUUUGAACAGAGCAAGUACGAAGCUAUAUUAUCGGAAGAUGUACCACCCGGCACCAAGGUGCUGAUGACUAAAGCGCACGAUGCGGACGUGGGCGUGAACGCCAAGAUAACGUAUUCGCUGGCCAAUCAAACAGAAAACGUUUUCCAGAUCGACAAUAAAACCGGAAUCAUCACUACCGUAGAAAGUCUCGACCGAGAACGACAACCGAACUAUUGGCUACAAGUCGUGGCUAGGGACGGUGGAAAAUAUAACCCUCGAUCAUCCACAACACUAGUAUACAUUAAAGUGCUAGAUGUCAACGACAACAUGCCCGUGUUCACGAAAUAUCCGUUCACUGCGGAAAUUCCGUCACACGUACAACCCGGAAUGGACAUCGUUCGGGUAUCGACCAUCGACAAGGAUGAAGGUUCCAACGCCGAUGUCUUGUAUUCGUUUAAGGAAAACCAAGAAGCCGCCGACCGAUUCCGAAUUAACCCCAAUACUGGCGUAGUGACAGCAUCGUCGAGUCUAGCCUCGGAUAACGGUCAAGUGUUCCACUUGGAAGUGACCGCUACCGACAAGGGAAACCCACCACAAAGCUCGUCAGGUCUAUUAGAGAUAAAGAUUGGUGAAAACUUUGAUCGGAUCCCUGUCAUGCGGUUCAAGAACUCCACAUAUCACAUAACAAUACCAGAAAAUUUGGAACAGCACAAAGACGUGCUUGAGAUUUCGGCUUAUCGAAGUGAUGGUCGGAAACAAAAAGUGUUCUAUAAAUUGGCGCCGGUUAACAACGAGAACGGGCUGUUUUACAUAGACGAAGAAACGGGCGUGAUACGCGUUGGCCGAUCUGAGGGUCUGGAUUACGAAACGUACAAAACAGGUAUACACUUGGUGGCCAUCGCGCAAACCGACGCUCCCGCGUCUGUGUUCAUGUGGGGAUAUGCCGACAUCUGGAUACACCUUUCCGACCAAAACGACAACAGCCCGGUGUUCACGCAAAAGGAGUACACGGCAACAGUGGCCGAAGGCAACUCCAAAGGCGCGUUCGUCGUCAAAGUGGCUGCCAUCGACUUGGACGACAACGAGAACUCGAGGCUGUCUUAUCACCUGGUUGACGGUAACCACGACAACGCUUUCGUUAUCGAUCCAACUGACUCCGGCAUAGUUAAGACCAACAUUGUGCUAGACAGCGAAAUCAGGGACACCUACAAGCUAACUGUCAUUGCGACCGACGAGGGUACCCCUCAGAUGACCGGUAUGGCCACCAUCCGGAUCAUAGUUAUCGACAUCAAUGAUAAUCGGCCAUCAUUCCCACCGCGAACCGCCAUUAACGUUAAAGAAGGUCUGGAAAUAGGAAGCAUGAUAACAACAGUGGUCGCUAACGAUGUGGACACGUAUCCCACGUUAACCUAUUCUUGGGCGCCCUCGGUGGGAUUGGUGGAACGGAAACUUUUUGCACUGGACAGAUAUAGCGGACGAGUGUCGUUGAUUGGAACUCUGGACUACGAACAGACAAGGAUGUAUCGCUUGGGCGUAGUUGUGUCUGACUCUGAACACACGGCGUCCACAGAGCUAACCGUCAUGGUGACCGACGACAACGAUAACUCUCCAGUAUUUGAUCGUCCUUACUAUACAUUCACGAUGACAGAAAACGUUUACGGGGAAUCGUCAAUGAAAGUGCUUGCAAAGGAUUUAGAUUCUGGACUAAACGGACAGAUCAAAUACGGACUGGUGAACGACAUAAACGGAUUUAGGAUCGACCAGCAAACCGGUGUCAUUACUGCGAAUCGGUUAAAGUUCGAUCAAAAAUUACUGCAAAAGGGCUUUGCUGAUUUGUUGAUAUCCGCCACCGACCUAGGAACUCCUCCACUUUCAACUAUUAUCGCGGUUCGCGCUAACAUACAAAAUACAGCACAUUCAAACACGGUGAAAUUUGCACAAAACGAAUUCAGAGUAUCGGUUCGAGAGGACAUUGUUUUGGGAGAAUCGUUUUUGAAAUUGUUGCCCAGCUAUACAGCAGACAGCUCGGCACAGUUUAAAAUCGUCGAAGGCGAUGAUGAGAAAAAUUUUGAUCUCAUAAGUCCAACUGGUGAACUUUUCGUAAAAAAACAUCUGGACCGAGAAACACGCGAUAUAUAUUCACUCAAAAUCACAGACAGCGUCAAUAGUUCAUACGUAUUUGUCCACGUGAUUGUUGACGAUGCCAACGACAAUGCGCCUCAGUUCAUGGCGAACGAACAACAAAGUCUUCUGUCUUUGCCGGAAAACACGCCCAUCGGACACUCGAUCGUCCGAAUGGUCGCUAACGAUUUAGACAUGCCACCAAACUCAGACAUUUCAUAUGAGAUAACUUCGGGUAACAGCAAAAAUUAUUUCGAUAUCGACCGGAACACAGGUGACGUUUAUGUCAAGUCGAUGCUGGAUUGCGACUUGGAUGUGUCCGAACACAAUCUAGUGGUCAAAGCUCAGGACGGUGCAAAAUCACCGGAUCAGCAACUGGCCACGGUGAAGUUGCUCAGAAUACGACUGGAAGACGUCAACGACAAUACUCCGCGAUUCCCCGUUUCGGAAUACUUGGAGUUUGUUGGUGAAAACGAACCAAUCGGCGCGCUGGUGUUCACAGCCAAGGCAACGGACGCAGACCGCGGCUUUUACGGACAACUCAAUUAUUCAAUCGCGUCGUCAGCCAGCUAUUCGGGCGCGGAUGAUUCAUGGAAAAUGUUCAAGAUAGACGCAUCAACAGGCUUGGUUACAACCAACGCCGUGUUCGACUACGAGACAAGAAGCAAGUACACGUUUACAAUAAUCGCCAGCGAUGCUGGGGACAAAAACACUAAAGUCCGUGUAAAGAUCGAAAUCGAGGGCAAAGACGAGUUCGCGCCGCAGUUCAUCGAGCGGACUUUCAAGUUUAUGGUGAACACGGUUGAUUUGCCUGUAGGCUACGUGAUCGGACACGUGUCGGCCACAGACAGGGACAAAGGACCCGAGGGACGGGUCGUAUACCAUCUGACUACGCAAAACGCGUACUUCAAGGUAAACCGUACGACAGGGGCGAUAAUCGUGAAGAAGAAGAUCGACGGCAAUUUUGACGCGACACAGGAUAUAAGCCUCGUGGUGACGGCUAGCUCGGGCAAACAAGGGUCGCUGACUAACGUGAGUGUGGUCGAGAUAUCGUUCGACCCCUUGUCACAACCGGGCCAAAACCUUGCCAGCAGCAGUUCAUCCAGCAACGGUAUGGGCGGCAGCGGCGGUGGUCAAAAUGUAGCAGGCGCUUCAGGUGGAAGCUUAGUAGACUGGAUUAUCGGCAUCCUGUCUGUAAUCUUAUUGGUAGUUCUACUACUUGGAGGCAUCAUGUUCUACUUUCACCUCAAGAACAAGCAGCACCGAAACAUCAACAAACCCGAACUGAGCGGACAUCAACGGACCGACAACACAUACGUGGAUCCCGGCGCUUUCGAUACGAUACCAAUACGGGGCGUGGGUGGCCCGCAAGUAGUUGGUCAAUUCGCGCCGCCCAAGUACGACGAGAUACCAACGUAUCGGAACAACAGCAGUACCACCAAUUCCGGGGCAGCUACCACGUCUGACCUGUCAGGCUCAGAGAAAUCUGGUUCCAGCGGCCGAGGGUCGGCCGAGGACGACGUGGAAGACGAGGAAAUCAGAAUGAUCAACGAGCGACAAAAUGCGGACGAGCUAUCCGAGGUAACAGCAGCCCGCAACACACAAGAGUACCUGGCUCGCCUGGGCAUCGUGGAUGCGCAGACUGUGGUCCAACAGGUACCACCGCACUUGCCCGAGGAAAACCGACGACUAUCGUCGUCCAGGCGACACCGUAGACCAAUGGAGAACAUCGACAUGUACGACGAGGACGAAGCAACCGACGGUGACAUAACCAAUAUGAUAUACGCUAAACUCAGCGACGUAGGCAGCGAACGCGGCGGUGGCCCAGGCACCGGCACGGUCGGUGAAGAAGACGGCGGCGGUGGGGGUGGCGGAAAGUCGUCGAAUAGCACCGUAUACUCGGGCUCAAAAGUCCCGCCACCCCAGCCGUCCAUGGUCGGGUCGCUCAGCUCAAUCGUGCACAGCGAAGAGGAGCUGACCGGCAGUUACAACUGGGACUACCUGUUGGACUGGGGCCCGCAAUACCAGCCGCUAGCGCACGUGUUCAACGAGAUCGCCCGACUCAAGGACGACGCCAAUUCGGUGAAGAGCUCCAACAGCGGCGCGGCAUCCACAAGUGGAGGUAGCGGCGCCGGCGGUGGCAUCAAAAACGCUUCCGGCAAAAAAUCAAACGUUCCUAACCAACAGCAGCAGCAGCAAAAGAGUGCUCCUCCUCCGCCCCCGCCACUGUUGACCAACAUGGCGCCCAGGGCCCUGUCCUCGUCGCGACAGUCGGGCGUCUCGCAGCAGCACCACCACCACCACCAUCACCACAACCAUCACCACCAGGCUGUGCCGCCGCCCAUGCUGCUCGUGCCACGGUCGCCGAUCAGUCACGAGACCAGCCCGGGAUUCAGCCAGUCGGUGGCCAUGUCGCCGUCCUUCUCGCCGUCGUUGUCGCCGCUGGCCAACCGGUCGCCGUCUAUAUCGCCGCUCCACUCGGCCGCCUCCACGUCGGCCCGGCAAAGGCAUCAUCAGACUGCGGAGGCUGAACUCAGACUGUGAUAGUGACGUUUGCGACAUUCGCCGUCUAAACGGCCAUGGCCGUCCAAAGGGUGUUGUGUGCAUAACGCGACGAGUUAAAAACAGACAUUUUAUAAUAAUUUAUAGUCCAAUAUAGUUGUACGUCUUAUACUCGCGACCCGUUACGCACCCUUUCGGCGGCCGUUGCGUUUUGCACCUCGAUUUACCAUGUAACAAAAUAGAUUAAUUUAUAGUUAUUAGACUAAUUAUUUUACGUGUACAUAAUAUAUAUAUUAUAUUAUAUUCUCGAAACGGCAAUCUAAUCAAACGUAGAUAUAGUUUUAUAACGAAAUUGUGAUAAUUAUGAAUUUUUUAUAUAUACCUACCGGUAUAUAAUACGGUUGGUAGUAAUUGUUUAAUGAGAAUUUUUUUUAAUUUGAGCCGAUUCAAGCAUAUAGUGUAAUAGGAAGUCGAAUGUAAGUGUUGCCAUAAUUAAAAACGAAAAAUCAAAUUUUAAUUGCGUGCAAUCGUCAUUGUAAUUUGCUCACUUUAUUUUCUACACGUAUCAUAUUAUAAAUAUUAUACCUAUACCUUUAUAAUAUAUGAAUUUAUUGUGUAUAAAUUAUUAUUCAUUUAAACAAACACUAACUUUAUAUAUUGUGAUGAAUCAUAUAACUACGUAAAUGCAUAUAUUAUAUAAUAUUACUGUAAAUAAUUAAAUCGUGUAAAAAAAUAUCAAAAUGACUGUAUAGUAUUUACUGAGCCGUUUGACUUUCGAAAACCACAAUAGGCACACAACCCUUUCCUAUGUACCUCGUCGUGGCUUAUUGGUGUCGGCGGUUUUCAGCUAUAGAAUAUGAUGUGUAUUUUGUAUUAUAUAUAAUAUAUUUUAAUUAUGAUGUAAUUUCGUGUUAUCAUUGAUAAAUAAAAAUAUUUAUUCCUGCCAUUUACUUAAAUGCAAAGACUGUUUUCAAUAACUUUUCUUAUUUUUAUAUAACUUUUUUUUUAUCGAUUUCGGAUGAAAUUAUUGUAUAAUUUUUUUUUUUACUUUACUUUAUGAAUGGAUAGGUAUGCAGUUAAAUAAUAAUAACAAAAAAUAAAUAGCUAAUAUUUUAAAGUUAGAUAUAGUUAUUGUAAUUUGUUUACCAUGUUUUUGUACAAAAAAAAAAUCGAUGUUAAACUUUUGUAAAUAUGAACAUUAAAAAAUAAAUCUUGCAAUGAUAUAAUA